AUGAAAACAAAAGCCUUUAGUUAGAGUUGUUCUAUCGAGGGGAGAUUAAGAGGUAUGAUAUUUUAUAGCUUUCCAAGCUCGGAGUUUAAAUGCAUCGCAUUAUUACUAAUUUGUGGAAGCACCUAAAUCUCGAGUUUCAUUAGCUACUACAAUCAAAACGGAGAACUAAGAGAAAUCAAGAAGACUACUCUUUCAUCAUCGAACUAUGUUGAUAGAUAAACUCAUUUAGAGAGAUAAGAGACAAUAAAAGCAGAGAGUGAUAAGAGAUAAGAUGUAUGAAGUAAAUGAGCACAAGUAAAGAAGACUUAGUUGUCAUUGUUAUGAAUGUGGGAAGCAAUCAAAUAAAAUGAAUAAAUUUCAUAAUUUAUAACUGAAAUCAGAGAAACUCACCUAAGAUUUAUGGUCUAGUUCAUAUUUACAACCAUAAUAAUAAUCUUUACUCACAAUUUCAACUAAAUCAUUAAAGUCUACUGCAACUCUCCUCUCAAUUCCAGAUACUAGUCCCCAUAAGCUCAGAUCCAAAAUAGAAAGUCCAAAUUAAAAGAAAUUAAACUCUAAUUUUAAAUUAAUUUGCGCUCCCACCAUUAAUUUGAGACCAUAUCUUUGGGAAAAGUCCCCUUAAAAAAAGGCUAAUCAUCUCUAAACAGAUGCAACCCAAUUAUUUCUGAGACCAAUAUCACUCAGGUCGUCAGCACCUAACCUAGAAACAUUUGACUAUUCAUCAAAAAAUAGUAGUCCCAGAAGAGGACAAUCAAAUUAAAAUAUAAAGUAGGACAUUCAAGUAUUGACUCAAAGAAACUUCUCUAAAAGAAUGAUUUAAACUUGUUAUUUAAAGACAUUCUCUGGUAUUCAUGUUCGCAAUACCAUACUGAGUUCAAAGAAAGAAAUAAAAUAUUGA